UGCAGCUGACACCCAGCAGCAUCGUCGGCAACGGACCGCGCCUGCAACACGUGAUGGCUGCUGGAUGGAGCAUAACGGGCCUUCCAAACAAUAAUAAGCAGCAGUAUCAUAGUUGUCGGCACGCACCGUUGCCCACCGCGAAUACCGAGGAGCGGCGUGUCGGCAUAGCCGGUCCAACUACGUCUAUGUACUUGUACGACCACUAGCCUCAUCUCCACCUCUUCUCUCCAGCUAGCUAAUCCUACCUCAGCCUACGCUCCUCACAAUCCGUCUACUACUUAUCGAACUCUCGCGCCUCUUCACUCUGCGCACCAUGAAGCCCCAAAAGCUCGGCAAGCCGCUGAAGGCACCACCAGUGCCAAGCCCGAGUGCGAGCAUCAUGCUGCUCUCGCCCACGAACCAGCUUCUGCUGCUGCACCGCGUCAACACGUCCUCCUCCUUCGCUUCCGCACACGUGUUCCCCGGCGGCAACUGCCAUGCAUUCCACGACGGGCCGAUCCCCGCGCCCGACGACCCGAAGCGGCACCUCGACGGGGACGUGUACAAGCUCGCUGCGAUCCGCGAGACGUUUGAGGAGAGUGGUAUCUUGCUGGCGCGCGAUGCUGCAGGCAAGCUCUUGUCCCUGUCGCCUGAGGUGAGGGCCGAGGGCCGCAAAGCCGUGCACGCGAACAAGAUCCCCUUCCCAGAGUGGGUAAAGCAGCACGGCGGCGUGCCCGACACCGGCGGACUCGUGCCGUUUACACGCUGGAUUACGCCGCCCGCGCCCCACCUCAAGAAGCGAUUCACGGCGCAGAUGUACAUCUACCUCCUCCCAUUCAACUGGGUGAACGAGGUCGCGACGCACGACGGCGGCCUCGAGCACACAGCCGCCGACUUUGACGACGUCCAAACGUGGAUCAAGAAGUCGCAGGACAAUGAGAUCAUCCUCUUUUCGCCACAGGCCUACCUCAUCAACAUGCUGGGGCAGUUCUUCACUGGCGCAAAGGACUACGAGGCGCAGCGGCAUAGGCUGCUCGAGUUCCUGCAGACAGUGCCGACCGGCCCCACCGACCACCCGACCGCCAAGAUUCCCUGGGCGGACAAGGUCAUGUCUCCGUCCCAGCUGCCGGGGGUGCAGUUUGCCGACGGCCGGGUCGUGAUCCGCAACGACGACCCCGGACCCGAGCUGCGCGGCACCGAGCGCGGCGGCGACUGGGACCGCGUGAUUGUGAGCAUGCUCGGCAAGGGCGGGAGGGACGGCGGCAAGAUGAUGUGGCGCAAGGAUGUGCUUGCUGCUGCCGCGGCGGAGCGGCCUUCGGAGGCGAAGUUGUAGCCUGUUGUUGUUUGAAUACUGU